UCCCGGUCAGAUCGGGCCGGGGCGGGGGCACCGGGGCUCCUGGGGCAGGCUGGGGGUGCCAAGGGGAGACGCGGUCGCAGGUGCCUGGAGGGGAGCGAGUGGGGGCCCGGCGGGGUGCCGAGGCGCUCAGAGGGUGCUCAGGCGGGGGGCGGGGUCCCGGGUGGGAAUACGGAGUGACGGGCGGCAGGACCCGGGGGAGCCCAACCCUCCGGAAGCGGGCGGGGCCUCAAUAUGGACACACCCCGCAAGGGGCGUGCCCAAGGCAAGCUCCGCCCGCGCUCCGUCGCCGCGGCAACUGCACACGCCAUCGGGCCCCCCCUCCCCCCCCCCCUUUUUCCGCGUGUUGUCCCGCCCCUAUUGCAACGUCACCGCGGGGUCGCGCUCCGAUUGGGAGCAGCUCCGCGCCACUUCCGGCGGGGGCGCCAUGGCGGCGGUGGGCGCUGCGGGCGGGAGGCGUGCGGCGCCCUCUGCCCGCUGCUCAGCUACUUCGGUGCGGGCUACGCCGACUACGCCGUGCUGGCGCACGUCCUGCCGCAGACCGCCCUGCGCGGCAGGUGCCGCCGGGCCCCGGAGGAGCGGGCGGGGGGGGACCCGAGGGGUCUCCCGGGAGUGUGGAAGGUGUUGGGCCGGGGGAGGGUUCUCGUCCUGGUCGGGCCCCCGUGGUGCCGCCCUGACCCGCGCCCCCACCUCCCCGCGUCCUGGUGCCCGUUCCACGCUGCCGCCUUCAACCUCAUCGUGCUUCUGCUGCUGGCCUGCCGCGCGCGCCGGCCUCGCCGACCCUGGUGUGGUUCCCCUCCCCAACACCACCGUCGACUUCUCUGUCCUGCACAGUGGGGCGAAAGCCUGAGCAAGGCUCGCCAGUCUCUACGCCACAGGGCUGGUGCUGGCUGCCUGGCUGGGACCGGCAGGCAGGAGUCCAGCAGGGAUGGCGGCAGGAGGAGACAUGGCAAGCAACCACGUCCGAACGUUAUGUUGAUCAUCAUGGAUGAGACUCCCCUGGAGCAGAUCUGUAACCAGGGACUGAAGGAGACAAACCAGGAGGAGCUGUGCCCCCCAAAACCCAAACUGGUGCUGCUGCAGGAGGUGUUUGGGCAGGGUGCGUGGGGCUGGGAAGGCCUGUCGGGCCAGGUAUCCCAGCAUGGCUCAUGCUUCUCCCCUUCCCUCCGGCCAGGCUUUGUGCUCUGCUGGCUCUUCCCCUGGAGCCGCAGCCCCCCGCUGGGCACAGACCUUGGGUACAGCCCGCUGCCCAUCCCCUACUCUGACCUCCCCGCGCCCAGCACGUGGGAGGAUGCUGGAAACAUGCUGACAGUGGCUUCACACCGGGAUCCAGAGCCGUGAUGGCGUUUCAGCACCUCGGUGCCUGGCAGUGAGCCCUCUGCCAUCCCUCCGGGGGUGAAUCUUGCCCCCAAAGCCUGGGCACCCACCUGGCAGCACUGAUCCAGUGCAGCGGUGGGGUCCUGGGGCUCCCUGGCAGAGCGGAUGCCUAGCCCCACCAUCCCUGGGGUGCAGAGGUGUGGGAUUUUCUACCCCAGGAUGUCUAGGGGCAGGCUGACAGCAUGGCAGGACGCUGCCUUACCCACGGCUCCAGCUGCCGCCUCAAGAGACAGGUACAGAGCUGCAGCUGCCCCAAGAGGCUGCAUGCAGCAGCACCCAAUAAAGUCCCAUUCUGGGCAAGGCUGGUGGUCCCCUGUUCUUGGGGAGCGGGGGUGCUGCUAGUAGCACCCUGUGGGGGAAAG